UUUGGCUCUAUUUCUCCAAAUCUCAUCUUACUAUGUGUAGCCUCGGACGCUUGAUAGCGUUCGGUUUGUUGGCCCAAGUUGCAGUUCGUGCAAACGCAAACCCCACCCCGAAUAACUCUUCGCAUUCGACUUGCAGAGCAAUUCCAGGGUUACCGGACUGGCCGAGUGAUUCUUCCUGGGCUUCGCUGAACAGUUCUCUCAGUGGUCGACUUUUCAAACCUAUUCCACCUGGUGCAGUCUGUCACCCAGAUCAACCGACUUUCAAUGCAACGCUGUGUCCCAUGGUUCAAGCCGAAUGGCUCACGGCAGUCUUCCAUACAGAUGAUCCGGUCAGCGCGGUCCAACAGAACUGGAACAAUGAUACUUGUCUUCCACAAGCAAAUGUUACCUGCAGUGGAGAGGGAUACCCCAUUUAUGUGAUUAAUGCGACUUGUGCGGAGCAUAUAAAAAUUGGAGUUGAUUAUGCCCGGAGACACAAUAUCAGAUUGAUCGUGAAGGCAACUGGACAUGAUCAUAAUGGACGAUCGUCUGCUCCAAAUUCCCUGUCGAUAUGGACGCAUCACAUGAACGGACUUUCGUUCCACGAAGGCUUCGCGCCGAAGGGCUGCAAUUUUUCCAUUGAUACCCAUGCGGUAACAGCUGCUGCAGGUUCUCAGUUUGGUGAGAUGGAUCUUCAGGCAAGUCUGAGAAAUCUGACCAUAGUAGCCGGCAACUCUGAAACUGUUGGUCCUGGUGGAUAUCUGACAGGUGGUGGCCAUGGAGCAUUGAGUGCAACUUAUGGCAUGGGUGCCGAUCAGGUCCUCGAAAUGGAAAUAGUCACACCACGCGGAGAAAUACUCACAAUCAAUGAAUGCCAAAAUCAGGAUUUGUUUUGGGCAAUUCGUGGGGGGGGCGGAUCCACUUUUGGGGUCAUCACCUCGGCAACGAUCAAAGCCUUCCCAGCGACCCCUUUUGCUGCCGUGACGUUUCUUGUCGGCACGAACACAACCUCAGAUGCUUACUGGAGCGUCAUUGCUUACAUUCUCUCGCAAUAUCCAAGUCUCUCUGGGCAAGGAAUUGCAGGCAUUCCAUUUAUAUUGCCAAGUUUCACCAACGUCGAAUUGAACAUCACCACGCCGGUAGCAGCAUAUGCAGGAUAUUUCUUUAUGCCGCUCCUCUCACCCUCCAAUUCAUCAGCAACACUGGCUGCGGCGAUUACGGAUGUCUUUAAUAACGCUACCGCUCCGUUUCCAGGACAGUUCAAGGUCAUUGUGCUCCCAAAAACUUAUCCCGAUUUCUAUGCUUGGUUCAAAGACACCAACGGACCGCUGGAUGGUGGGUCUGAUGCUUUGGUGGGUUCUUGGCUCCUGGAUGAAAAAGCGUUGACAGGAGAUCUGAACUCUUUGAAAGAGGCGAUUAAAGCAUUUACUCCACCGGACUCAUAUAGUGGGCCUUACUUAGUCUCUGGAAGGAAUGUGUGGGAUUCUGUUCCUCGUGGAGGAAGCAAUAGUAUCAAUCCAGCUUGGAGAAAAGCCUAUCUGCACUUCACAAACAGCGUUUCAUGGGAGCCUCUAGACCCAGCUGGAAAGGCAAAGCAGGAAGAUUUUCUUACCAACACUUACACCAAGGCACUUCGUGAUCUUGCUCCAGAUAUGGGAGCAUAUGUGAAUGAGGCGGACCCAAACACGCCGAACUGGCCACAUGCCUUUUGGGGAGAUAAUUAUUCAAGACUUCUAGACAUCAAGCGAAAAGUUGACCCGCAUGAUGUGUUUUGGUGUACGCCAUGCGUUGGAAACGAACGAUGGGAGGAAGUUGGAAAUAUGCUUUGUCAAGUCUAAAAGUUGAUAACAGCCAUUUGAGAUCGGUUUCUUAUAAACAGGAAACUCGUCGAGACAUUCAUGUGGCUGAUGGUGGAGCCAAUACUGACUUUUAUGCCCUUCUUUCUUUUGCGUCAACUCAUCUCGAUCACUC